ACACCCAACACCAUCACCUAUUCGUACCUCACAUAGCCAUCAUGGUACCCAACGGUGUACACCAUGCAGACCUCUCUUCCAGCUCUGGCGCUACAGCUCCUCCCGCUCAGCAGCAACAGCAGCAAGCAGCCAGGGCCGUCAUCAAGAAUGUAGACAUGUCUGACGAAAUGCAACAGCUUGCAGUCGAUACUGCUCAAGAUGCACUGAACAAGUUCACAGUCGAGAAGGAUAUUGCGGCUCAUAUCAAGAGGGAGAUGGACAGACAGUGUGGACCUACUUGGCAUACCGUAGUGGGAGCAAAUUUCGGAUCGUAUGUCACACAUGAAACAAACCACUUCAUUUACUUUUACCUUGGCAAGAUUGCAUUCCUCAUCUGGAGGGCUUGAGAGGGCGGGAGAUUGCCGUCACUGCUACAAGGAGCAAGCGACCUUGAGUCUCAGUCUCAAGAAGGAAGGGAGGGAGGGCAGCAGGAAGGGGGAGAAGGAAGGAGGAGGGAGCCGCGGGUGUGGUCAAAGGAGG